CUGGGAACCCCGGGAAAAUCCGAGAAAACCAUGAGACUGACGAAAGAUGUCGUGUGAAAAUAUAGUUUACCAAACCAGACACCAUGUCGACGAGAUCGAUACCCUUCUUCCCUUACACUGUUUUCUUCCUAUAUAUCGAGCCCAUUUCAGCCCUUGCUGGAGCUUAUUUUGCUGCGCUCAAACCCCAGAACUACUUGGACGAUCUCAUUCUAUCUGAUGGCUCGAUCGUCAAGCCCACUACACCGGUGGUGACUACUCAGAUGAACAUGGUUCUGCUUCAGCUUGCGAAUCUAUACCUGCUCUUUGCUCUGAAUGAGCAUCUGGUUCUUUCCUCUACGACUUCAAUCAAGACCUGGAAAAGAAUGUUGUUUUGUCUGCUUGUAGCAGACUGUGGUCACUUGUUAUCCAUGGCGCCUCUGGGUAUGGACGUGUUUUGGAAAGUCUGGGAGUGGAAUGCGUUGGUCUGGGGUAGUGUGGGCUUUGUCUAUCUGGGUGCCUCCAUGCGAAUAUCGUUCUUAUGUGGUCUGGGCUUAAGCUCUCCAGAUGUCAGUGCAACAAACAAAAACAAGUGAUCUAUUUUUCGUAUGUCUACUUACCUUCUUAGUGGAAUCACUGAAUAUGAACAUUCGAGUAUCAUAGAUUAUAUACGGGUUGUAUGUACGUUAUAUGCAAGAAAUUUUGAGUCUCUUCAGGUUUGUAAAUUUCCAGAGUUACAGUUUCAAAUAUUUGCAAGCAUUUC